GCCGCCGCCGCUGCCGCCGCCACCGCCGCUCCCGGGGGCGCCCCCGCUUUCGACGCCUCCUGGCGCUGCCGGCGGCCCGGCCGCCAUGCUGGUGGAUCCGCGGUGGGCUUGGGGGCGGCGUGGCCCUCAGGAGGCCGACGGCUUCGAUGAGGCCCCUGCCGCCAAGCGCGCAGACACCCGCGCCGUCGGGGCCGCGGGCUCUGGCCUGCGGGCUGGUUUCCUGCUGCCGUCAGCUGGGCGGCGGCCGUCGCCUUCGGUGGCUGGAGCGGACGGCGGCGCUGCUGGGCGUGCGAGGAGCUCCCUGGCUGCAGGAGGCCCGUUUGCCGGUGGUGGUGGCGAAACCGGCGGUGGCGCUGGGGCGGCUGGGGUGGGCCCGGACCCUGCUGUGGGUGUCGGCGAGUACGGGACCAUCAUGUCCGCGGCGGACGUCGCGGCCUUGCUGGCUGGCCGCGAUGCGGCCCCCAGCCCCGGCACUAUCUUUGAGGCGGUCCUGUGGCAGGUGCUAUUGGAUGCGAGUGAUCAAUACGCCGUGCGCUGUCGUGGCACUGGGCGCGCCCUGAUCCUGAGGUCCCUCCCUGGGACGUCUGCGCCUGGGAGCGGGAGUGGGUGGCGGACGGUGGCCCUCCCAUGGGGCCUGGUGCCGCAGCUGUGGAGGUCGCGGCGCGCGCGGACGCGGAGUUGUUGCAGGCGCUCUGGGCGGGGGCCCUUUUAGUGUGCUGACCUGGUUUGGCGGCAUGUUCGUGCGUAUGUGCCUGCGUUUGGACGUGCGGCGCGGGCAAUGUUUCCCGUGCGGUAGCUGGUCUGCUGUGUUGUGGAGGUCGGUUCACUGCGGCCUGUGUGCCCCGGAUUGCUUGGGGCCUGUGCCUCGGUUUGCUGCGGGUUGGUGCGUGUGUGAGUGCGCGUGGUCGUGCGCCUGCGGUGUGUUGGUGCGGGGGUGCCGGCGCUCUAUUGCGGUGGGGGUGCCGGCGCUUUACUGGGGCCCCGGUCUGCCCUUGCUUUGCCCCGGAGUGGUGCCCUUGGGUUUAGAGGCUAGUGCGGUUGUCCCUGGCGGUCUGCUUGCUCGCGUUGCAAGUUGCGUGCCGGUUUGGUGCUGCGCCUUCCCCUUCUCCCUUUGUAACCACUUUCUCAAGAAAACCGCCUGGCCGACGUAGACCUACUUUGGCGGGGCUGCUUCCAGGAGCGGCGGGCGUUUGUGGUGGUCAUCAGGUGGUGCAGGUGCUGAGCGGUGAGAGGUGGCUGUGGUUAGUUCAAAACCCAGGGGGGGGCGGGGUUUGGAGGGCGAUGUUCGUAAAGGUUGGAGUGAUGCAUGGCAGCGAUCAGGGCUUCGGAGGAUGAGGGCCUCUGGGGAGGCGGUCUCGGCCUGAGUGGCACCUCGCCGGCAUCGUACCGUGGCCAACUACUGUCCGCAUGACACGACUAGCCCAACUUUGCUAGGCAGUCUGCGAUCCCCGCACAUUGCCGCUGCGACACCCUCAAGGGGGGGGAGCUGGGGUUCUCUCGAGCAGUAGCUGCAGCAACAGGUUCCUGCAGGGGGGAGGGAGCGAGGGACCCUGUUCGUCAGUUGCAGGGCAGGGUCUGCAGCAGGGGGCGGGAGAGUGUUGCUGACGAGUGCUGUGUUGGCGUCGGUAGGUAGUCGACUAGUCGUUAUGAAGUGUACAAGCGGAGCUGCGAAUUGUCGCGAGAAUC